GACAUCAUGGCUGUCAGUAUAAAUUUGUCCAUUGCAAGAUGAACUUUCCUUCAGUAAAAUCACCAUAUAAAAGCACAUUUUCGCCGAUUGUUUUAUUAAAACGGCCACUUACUAGGAUGAAGCGAUUUAGAAUGCUAAUGGCAAUCAAAUAACGCUAGAUUGAAUGCGGAAAUUGAGAUACAUUUCGCCAAAGCAUAAUGACUUCCAGUAGAUUGGAUAGGUUAUUCGUACUGUUAGAGACAGGAAGUUCCCCCGUCACACGAUCAGCCGCUGCCAAGCAAUUGGGGGAAGUGCAAAAACUGCACCCUCACGAAUUGAACAAUUUGCUAGCCCGCACUGCCACUUACCUGCGCUCAAACAGUUGGGACACCCGAAUAGCCGCCAGCGAAGCGGUUCGCGCUAUCGUCAGCAAUGUGCCCCGGUGGUCGCCGAAGGGAGUCGACGGUAACCCCGCCAGUGAUGGCGGAGAAUCGACGCCCCUGUCUUCUAUCGGGAGGUUACGAUUCGAACAAUUCGACAUGGCCAAGGUGUUGGCCAACAGCUCCCACCUGAUGGCGUCCGAAGGCAAGGAGUUCGAUGUCGAAGAAGAUUCCGCGUUGGGGGUGGACAUUAAGGAGCGUAUGAUUAAGCAGAGGCAAUUGCUCAACAGCAAGUUGGGUUUGGACGUGGCCGCGAAAAUCGGUUUAGACACGUCGACGUUAUUUUCGAACGAAGAUCUGCUCACCGGCAAAGCCGACUCCAACGACGUCACCGCUGACGUAAUCAAUAAGAAACCCGUCAAAGAUGUCAUUUCGUGCGGCAACGAAGGUUUAAGUUCUAGGGAGAUAAACAGGGCGAAGAGGAAAGCCAGACAGGCGACCUAUAGGCAACACUCGAAUGGGGACGAGCCUGAUACUAAGAAAAUUAAGACUGAGGAAAAAACCGCAAUCAUUCAGUAUGAUUUGGAAGCAGGGGACCAAGGCGAAUGGCCGCUGGAAUGGUUUUGCGACCAACUGAGCCAAGACUUGUUCAGCUCCAGUUGGGAAACUCGGCACGGCGCGGCGACCGCCCUUAGAGAGGUGAUGUCCGUACACGGCAAAGGCGCCGGUCGCGCCACCUAUCUAUCGCCCGAACAGAACGAGACGUAUCAUCAGAUAUGGUUAGAAGACGUGUCCAUAAGACUGUUGUGCGUAUUGGCGCUGGACAGAUUCGGGGACUUUGUUUCCGACGCGGUGGUCGCUCCUGUUAGAGAAACUUGCGCCCAAGUCCUCUGUACCAUAAUUAAACUCAUGCGUCCCGAAUCGUGUCGCAGCGUGAUGGGAGUACUGCUGCAGCUAUUGGACCACCAAGACUGGGAAGCCAGACACGGAGGCCUAUUGGGUUUGAAGUACCUCCUCGCCGUCAGGGAAGACAUGAUUGACGAGCUACUGCCGACGGCGUUUCCUUAUAUCCUUCAAGGGUUAUCGGACGGUGUAGACGAUGUGAGCGCCGUCGCUGCUUCGUCUCUCAUACCGGUCGCAUCGAAACUAACCCAAUUGGUCUCGACCUCCGUUCCGCAGGUGGUCACGAAGCUGUGGGACCUGCUCUCCGAGCAAGACGAACUCGCCGCCGCUUGCAACAGUUUCAUGGGUCUGCUCGCCGCCAUAUUGAACCUGCCCGAAACGCAGGCCCUACUACCGUCGCAACCGUUGAACGACGUGGUGCCUCGAUUGUGGCCGUUUUUAUCGCACGGCACUUCAACUGUGAGACGCGCCACCUUGCAGACUUUGUGCACGUUGACGGAGAAAAAGGCGGACGGAUCGGCGACCGUUUGGUCGGCGCAGCUGUUGCAAGACGCCAUGCGUCACGUGUUCCAGCGCGUCCUCGUCGAGCCGAUCGAAGAGGUGCGCGACGUGGCGGAAAAAGCGUGGACCAACCUGGUGCGCAACUCCGGGUUGGUCGAGUUGUUGCACGCGGCGUGCCCGUUCGUCACGGUGUGGCUGUUCCUCGCGAUGCAAUCGGUACGGGUGCCGUUCGAUUCGAGUUUUUUCAUCCACGCCAAGUCCCAUCGGAAAUCCUCCAACGGCUUCAACAGUUUCGAUCAUACGAUCGGCCAUCCCAAAUUGUACAUCGGAGGGAGCGAAACAACGCCUUCUGCUAUCCGUGAAGCGAACGCCGUCCAAGUACGCUGCAUGGCCGCUCGAAUGUUGGGUUUACUGUCGUGUUAUAUCGUAAAACCUGCGCCCGGUAUCGAUUAUAGCCAAGGUAUCGAGAAACCCAUCGACUGCUACGAGAAAGUACUGUUGGUCCAUCUGAAUUCGAAGUCUGCGCAACAGCGUUUAGUCGUAGGUUUGGUGAUAGCCGAAUGGGCAAAGAUAGAUACCGAAACAAAAGACUGUCCGCCCAAUCUCAGGCAACGUUUGCACCAGUGCCAGGACGAGAACCUCUACUUCGACGAGAUAGCGCACAGUUUCACGCGAUUGGCGCAGGAGACGCGCGAUUUUUUGGCCACGUUGAGGCACUACAAGGUGCCCAUCGAUGUCCAGAACGAAACACCGUUGACGUUACCCCUCAUCGAGCAACUGACGGGGCCCAGUACUGAAACUAUUCUAGUCAAUUUUAAGUUAAAAGCCAAAGUACAGGAGAGCCUGGAGGAGCGGAGAAGGGCGAUACAAAACUCUGUCAGGCAAACUGGGAAGGAGCAGAGAACACUUACCAUAAGUACAAAAGCCGCCAUCGCUGGCGCCAUCGUGACGUUCCGGGCGUUGCCGGAAAAACUGAACCCGGUCGCGAAACCGCUGAUGGAAUCCGUCAAGCACGAGCCGGAGGAGCACUUGCAAAAAAUAACCGCCCGCCAUUUGGCGAUGCUUCUCGAUCAGUGUCGCGGCCGCGACCCUUGCCCGAACGAUAAGAUCCUCGUCAAUCUGUGCACGUUUUUGCGAUGCGAUCCGGAAUUCACGCCGCAAAUUCACAAAGGCGAUGACAAAACGGACAAUUAUAGCGGAAUACUGACGUUAGUCAACGAGCAACGGAUCGCGGAACGCGCUUCGUUCAGACGAUCCAACAGUAGCGGUCGGGGACCCGGUCGACCGCCUGCAAACGACGCUCAGACCGAAGAACUCAAAAAGGACGACGAAACUCAAAGGACGAAUAGGAUCCAGUGUCGCGGCGCGACGCUCGCGCUCACCGAAAUCGCGAGCUUCUUCGGCCCCGAUCUGCCCUCGAAAUUGCCCAAAUUGUGGGAACUGACGAUCGGGCAGUUGGAGGAAACCGUCGACCUCGCCACUUACCUACCCAGCUACGAUGACGACGAUCGGGCCGAGCGUUUGGUAUGGGCGUUGCAAGUGCUCGAGGUGACGGCUCCCAGUUUGCACGAUAGUCUGCGGCCCGAGCUUAUGGCCAAGACUUUGAACAGGCUGAGCGUCUUGCUGUCUCACCCGUAUCGGGCGGUGAGGCAUUUGGCUUCGAGGUGUCUGGCCGUGCUAGCCAAGCUGGACUCGGUGCAAGUCAUGGAGGUGGUCGUAAACAGAGUAUUACCCAAAUUAGGAGCCACCGACUGUGAUAUAGACCGGCAGGGUGCCGUGGAGGCCAUAGCGUGCGUCGUCGACAACCUCAAAUACGACAUAAUCCCGUAUAUAGUUUUGCUGGUUGUGCCCCUGCUGGGCCGCAUGUCCGACCAAAACGUCUCCGUCAGACUGAUGGGUACCCACUGUUUCGCCACGCUCGUCCAACUUAUGCCUUUGGACGGGGGCGUUCCGGAACCGGUCGCCCUCAAAGGGAGCGCGCUCAAGGCGAAACGCGACAAGGAGCGCGAAUUUCUCCGACAACUCCUCUCGCCAUCUACCAUUCCCGAUUACGUGGUGCCUGUACCGAUCGCGGCUGAAUUACGAAGCUACCAACAGGCGGGAGUGAAUUGGCUCUCGUUCCUCAACAAGUACAAGUUGCACGGCAUACUGUGCGACGACAUGGGCCUCGGCAAAACCCUGCAGAGUAUUUGCAUCUUGGCCGGGGAUCAGUAUUACCGCGAGCAGCGCUACAAAGAGAACAAGUCUGCGGACUGCGCUCCUCUGCCCUCUUUGGUUGUGUGUCCGCCUACGCUGACCGGCCACUGGGUGUACGAAGUGGAAAAAUUCGUCAGCCAAAAAUAUUUACGGCCGCUGCAGUACAACGGGUCGCCGGUAGAGAGGGAGAAGCUACGUCACCAAUUCAAACGGUACAACCUUGUGGUCGCGUCGUACGACAUCGUGCGCAAGGACAACAAUUUCUUUUCGAACGUCAAAUGGAACUACGUCGUACUCGACGAGGGUCACGUGAUUAAAAACGGAAAGACGAGAACGAGUUUGGCGAUCAAGAAUUUGACGGCCAACCACCGGCUCAUACUGAGCGGCACGCCCAUACAAAACAACGUGCUGGAGCUGUGGAGCCUGUUCGAUUUCUUGAUGCCCGGCUUUUUGGGCAUGGAAAAACAGUUCACUGCUAAGUAUUCGCGGCCGAUUUUGGCGAGCAGGGAUCCGAAGUGCUCGCCGAAGGAUCAGGAGGCGGGCGCUUUGGCGAUGGAAGCGUUGCACAGACAAGUUCUUCCAUUUCUGCUGCGACGAAUGAAAGAAGAUGUAUUGGACGACUUGCCUCCGAAAAUAACCCAAGAUUACUACUGCGAACUGAGUCCGCUGCAGGAGCAACUUUACGAAGACUUUUCCAAGUCGCAAGCCCACCAGUCCUUACAGGAAUCCAUCUCGUCUGGUGCCAGUGCAAGCUCUAUGCAAGGCAACACGCACAUAUUCCAGGCGUUGCGUUAUCUCCAGAACGUUUGCAAUCAUCCAAAGUUGGUCCUCAACCAAUCUCACCCGCAGUACCAACGAAUAAUGGCGCAGCUGCAGCAGAACAACUCGACGAUCAACGAAAUCUCGCACUCGGCCAAGCUGCCCGCCCUCAAGCAGCUGCUGAACGAUUGCGGGAUCGGUCUUCCGGCAGAGUCAACCGAUUUCAUCAUAAAUCAACACCGCGCGUUGAUAUUCUGCCAGCUGAAGGCCAUGUUGGACAUAAUCGAAAACGAUUUGUUUAAGAAGCAUAUGCCUAACGUGACGUAUUUGAGACUGGACGGCUCCGUACCGCCCGUGCAGAGACACUCGGUGGUUACGAGGUUCAAUAAUGAUCCUUCAAUCGACGUGCUGCUGCUCACCACGCAGGUGGGUGGAUUAGGGUUGAACUUGACUGGCGCAGACACCGUAAUUUUCGUCGAACACGACUGGAACCCGAUGAAAGAUCUCCAAGCCAUGGACAGGGCGCAUAGAAUCGGACAGCGGAAGGUCGUCAAUGUUUACAGGUUGAUCACGCGGGCCACAUUGGAGGAGAAAAUCAUGGGACUGCAAAAGUUCAAAGUGCAGACCGCGAACACUGUUAUAAGCGGCGAGAACAGCAAGUUGGAGACGAUGGGAACCGAACAGUUGCUGGACUUAUUUUCGCACAAUGCCGGCAGCGACGAGGGAGCUUCAAGUUCGAAAGGUAGCAACGGGGUCAAAGCGAUUCUCGAAUCGCUGCCGGAAUUGUGGGACCAUAAGCAGUACGACGAGCAGUACGACCUUAGUAAUUUCAUGUCGAAGCUGCAGUAGAACGAUACGUGGGCUAUGCUGCAGUUUGUUGUGCAUGGCGAAGUCAAACCAAAGAAUGAUUUACCGGUCGAAAAUAUGUUCGACGGUUAUUGUUUAGGAUCUGUUUAAAAUGUUUAGGAUGGUCGGUGUUAAAUUAUAGCAAUAAUAAACAUCAAAGAUACAUCGAACGGCGACAACCACCCUUUUCUGCGAGGGUCGGAAAAAAAAGUUCUGCUUCCGGUGUCGUUAUAAUAAUUUUUAGCCGAUAAAAGCAAAAAUAGUUUUUUUUUAUUGGUACGCCUCGAUCCGUUGCGUGUUUAUUUUCAACUUCAAUUUUUAAAAAAUAUACCGCAAUCAUCAUUGUCCUUAAUGUUAAGAACACAUUUUCCAGUGAUAUAAGUGUUAAAUAUGUUAUGAAUUAAUUUACAUUUUAUAUUAUUACUCAUUACUUCCAUUAUUUGUAUUUGUUGUGGUUUUAAAGUAGGCUACCAAUAAAAAAAGUAGUAGUUGUCGACUCUAAAACAAUUGUAUUGCUUUAUUGUCCACUUAUACCUACUUGUUAUGUUUCCCUGAAAAUCUAAGUUAUUUUAAAUAGGUUAUCAGUAUCACUUAUUUAUAUAUCACCUAUCAUUUAAUCAUUAUUUAAAUGUAGCCAUAUAUUUCGUUCCAUUAGGUUAAUUACGUGUUACAUGAAUAACCGUGCGCUUUUUAGGUAUUAUUAAUAGUGAUCCAGGGCCCACGGCCACUAUUUUCUCGUUCACUGUAUUUUUCCCUGUCGGUUGUUUAAUAAUCAAGUGGUCUCUUCUCCAACGUUGGUACCGAAAUUUGUCUUCUUCCUCGAUAGCAAUAAAUGUU